ACCAACCGUCAUUGUACAUGCAAACUCCAAAAAUUCCCAGAAAACAAAAUGCUUUUCAAAGCUUUGCUUGUCUUCUUCCUCCUCCUCUUCCCAUUUUGCACAUCCAUUGACACCAUUGCACUGAACCAGCGUGUCAAAGAUGGUGACUUUAUAGUGUCCAAAGAAAACAACUUUGAAUUAGGCUUCUUCAGCCCCGGCAAUUCGAGCUCUCGCUAUGUUGGAAUUUGGUAUGCUAAUAAGUCUGAAAAGGCAGUGGUUUGGGUUGCAAACAGAAACAACCCCAUCAAUGAUACCUCUGGCGUCCUCACCAUCAACAGGUAUGGAAAUUUGGUUAUUUAUGCGCACGAUAUUGACAGCUUUUCUAUUUGGUCCGCAAAUGUGUCUCUUCAAACCACAAGCACUUCUGUAGCUCAGCUUUUAGAUACAGGAAAUUUAGUGCUUUUUCCGGAUAGUAUUAGUAAAAGUGAAAGCUUUAUAUGGCAGAGUUUUGAUUACCCUACAGAUACUCUACUUCCCGGAAUGAAAGUUGGGUUGAAUUGGAAAAUUGGGUUUGAAUGGGUCUUAACAUCUUGGAAGUCCCAAAAUGACCCUGGAACUGGGAACUAUAGCUUGAGGCUCUUUUCAAACCAGACUGCUACGCCCCAAUAUUUUCUGUAUAAGGGUGUGAGCAAAUAUUGGAGAAUUGAUCCAGGGCCGUGGCCCGAUUUUGUGAGUAGUAAUGAAGAAAUGUAUUUUUUGUUUGUGACUGAUAACACCUCUGUAAUUAGAUGGGUGUUGACGGAUUAUGGGUUAAAUCAACAAUUGAGAUGGAGUGAUGCUGUUAAUCAAUGGGAGGAACUAUGGGCUGCACCAAAAUACCGGUGUGACCAAUAUGGACAGUGUGGUGCCAACAGCAAAUGUAGCCCUGACAACGUUAAUAUGUUUGAGUGUGAGUGUCUACCAGGGUACGAACCAAAAUCUUUGAAUGAUUGGAACAGGAGAGAUGGGUCAGAGGGGUGUGUGAGUAAGCGAAUUGGGCUGCCAAAAUGUGGGAAUGGGGAAGGGUUUGUGAAGGUGGCACGGGUGAAAGAGCCAGACACAACAAAAGCAGCACAAUUGUUGACAAGUAUUAGUGCCAAUCAGUGUCAGCAGGUGUGCUUAAGCAAUUGUUCCUGCACCGCGUAUAUGAGCAUAGAAUGGGAAGGUCGCAUUGAUUGCUUGGUAUGGUACGGCGAGUUGCUGGACAUUUUAGUCCGCACAGAGCUAGGACAAGAUCUGUAUGUUCGUGUGGACAAAAUGGAAUUAGCUGAGAAUACCAGAAAAUCGGAAGGUUUUCUCAAAAGGAGGGGUUUGCUGGCUAUUCUAAUAGUGGCUGUUCUUCUGGCAUUGGUACUAAUCAUUGUGUUUGCCUGCUGGUGGCUUAAUAAAAAGAGGAAGAUAAAAGACUUUGUGGAGGCGGAUGAAAUUGAGGAAAGUAGGAGACACCCAGAGCUGCAAUUUUUCCAUCUGAGUGCAAUAAUAGAAGCUACAGACAACUUCUCUCCUGUCAAUAAACUUGGCCAAGGUGGUUUUGGCACUGUUUAUAAGGGUCAGCUACCAAAUGAUCAGAAGAUUGCUGUAAAAAGACUCUGCAAAACUUCAGGACAAGGAAUUGAAGAAUUCAAAAAUGAAGUUGCGCUGAUAGCCAGACUUCAACACAGGAAUCUUGUGAAACUUUUAGGAUGCUGUAUACAGGGAGAGGAAAGGAUGUUAGUCCUUGAAUACUUGCCAAACAAAAGCUUGGACUUCUUUGUUUUCGAUCACUCAAGAAGGUCCUUGUUGGAUUGGAAAAAGCGGUUUGAAAUUAUCAAUGGGGUUGCCCGUGGGGUUCUGUAUCUUCACCAGGAUUCAAGGCUUAGGAUUAUCCACAGGGAUCUAAAAACCAGCAAUGUUCUUCUAGAUGCUGAGAUGAACCCAAAAAUUUCAGAUUUCGGAAUGGCAAGAAUAUUCCAUGGGGACCAACUGCAGGAUAAAACCAACAGAGUUGUUGGAACAUAUGGAUAUAUGUCACCUGAGUAUGCAGUGUUUGGAAGAUAUUCAACUAAAUCAGAUGUCUUUAGUUUUGGGAUCAUAUUAUUGGAGAUUGUGAGUGGCAAGAAAAACAAUGGCUCUUAUCAAGAGGACCAUUCCAUGAACUUGAUAGGACAUGUUUGGCAGCUGUGGAGAGAAGAUAGAGCCUUAGAAAUUGUGGAUUCAUCACUAGAGUCAUAUCAUUCUGAUGAAGUCUUGAGAUGCAUUCAAGUUGGGCUCUUGUGCGUGCAAGAAGAUUCAGAGGACCAACCAACCAUGUCAGCCGUUGUAUUUAUGUUGAGUGGUGAAGCAUCUCUACCAUCUCCUCAGCAGCCUGCAUUUGUCUUCAGAAAAAGUUCCGGCGGUGGUGGUUAUCUAUCAAGUCCACAAGGAUUAUAUUCUGUUAAUGACUUGACAAUAACUAAACUUGACGCUCGAUAAGGAUUCAGGCUUUUGCUUCCACAAAUUUUGUUUUAUUGACCUUCAUAUGACAUAUGGGCACUGCAUAAUGUGCCCAUUACCUUAAUACAAAUUUCUAAUCUAUCCA